AUGAGAUCACUGGAGGUACAGCAACCUGGCCUUGCCUGGGUUCAAAGAACCUUCAAUCUUGAACCUCGGUGGACGGUGGAGCCCGAUCCUCGGGUCAUCGAGCAGACAAUACAGUCGCUACUACCAUCGCGCACGAUCCAGGUGACCUUCCUCGCCGAGGGCGCUUUGAACAAACACUAUGACGUGAAAAUAGAUAAAGAGGUCUUUGUUAUGCGAGUCUAGUUGCCUGUUGAUCCGUACUAUAAAACUAUGAGUGAAGUCUCAACAGUGGACUGGGUAUUCCGUACCGCAAAUAUCCCUGUUCCUCGAGUCAUCAGUUAUCAACCUUCACGAGAAAAUCCUAUCGGAUUUGAAUGGAUCAUCAUGACCAGAAUGCCUGGAAGACCCUUGAAAGAGCUGUGGCGCUCUCUCUCAUUUUCUGCAAAAACAAGUCUGGUUGAAGAGUUUGCGGCCUACUCUAGUUGUCUUUUUCGGAACCAACUCCAGGGAAUUGGAAAUAUCUAUAGGACAGCAUCUUCUCUCAAUGAUUCCGGACUGUCUGAAGCGUCCUGGCCUGCUGGGAACCCAGCAUGUUCUAACAAACCACCUCUAUCUGAAAAGGAACAUAUGCCUGCAGGAUUACCAGAUGUGGGCAGAAUCGUUUCUAUGCACUUUUUUGGGGGGUUCACAUAUCCUUCAGGAUGUUCAUCGAGGGCCAUUCAUGUCUAGUAGCGACUGGAUUACAUCACGUCUUUCUCUUUGCGAGAAAGACUGUCAGUCGGUACUAGACAAUCUACCAUUUAGCGAUCUUGAGAGUGAUGAUGAAGAUGAUGCAGAUGAUGCAAGAAGAACAUUGGAAAUCAUUGGAAAACUGAAAACCCUGCUUCCAUCUUUCUUUCCACCAAACGGAGACAAUCCGGAGACCUCAGUCCUGGUUCAUGACGACCUCUCUAGCCGGAAUAUUCUCGUUCAUGAGAACGGAGAGCUAGCAGCUAUCUUAGACUGGGAAUGUGUUUCAGCACUCCCUUUAUGGAAUGCCUGCUAUUAUCCUGCAUUCUUGAAAGGGCACCGCGAAGCCUCAAGCCUGAUCUACGCCGAUAUAAACUCGAAGCGAGUGGAGAAGCUUCCGAUCUCUACGGGGAACACCUAUGGGAGUAUGAGGUUACUCUCCUUCGUGAUGUGUUUAUUGAUAGAAUGAAAAGCCUGGAACCGGGAUGGGUGAAGGUUUUCCACAAGAGCCAACGUCAAAGAGAUUUCGACCUUGCAGUGC